AUGGACGCAGUGCCGACAGGCAGUUCACCACCGGGCGAAUAUGGGCAAGUGAUUCCUCCCAAUCCCCUUACGGGCUUGGGAAGUCCAGGCUCGGGAAUGAUGCCUUGCACCUCACCCCAUACCGGCAACUCACCCAACGUCCAACCUGCCGCUCUCACCACCCUUGGUGUAGACGCGAAAUCCUCUAAACCUCCUCUGCUUCCACCUCAACUCCUUCAGGUCAGAUAA